UUUCUAAUAGAAAAGUGUUGGGUUGACAUUUUGGGGUUCUUGCAGUAAAUUUAGCCACUGGUGCAUUCAAGUGCAGCAGGGACGGAUGGGGUUAAUCCGAGCCAUAUGCUGAAGCAGGAGGUUGGGUCGUUCCAACACCAGAGGGGAGGCUGAGAUUGAGGGGGGGCCACAGCAGAAGGGAGAGGACAUUCACAUUCACUUCCAACAGCAACACCUGCACCUGGUGGCCGCUCUGUUUUCACUCGGAGUCUCGUCUCUUCUUCAUUUCAAGCGUUACGUGGAGGAAUAUCGUCCAAGCGAAUGCCUUCCUAAAGUUUGCCAAAAGGAUUGGAAUCCUCCAAUGCGGACCAAAAGUCGGUUGAUAGUCACUGCUUGAUUUCCUUUGAUUUUUUUCCCCUCCAAGAAUAACCAUUCAAAACGGAUUACUUCCCCGAACGGUGUGAUAAAGGUGUUUAUUUUAAAAAAAAAUAAAUUAAUGUGUCCAAGACAACUUUUGGAAUCGUGGACCUCAAAGCGCAGGUGUGAAGAUUUGGACUGGGCUGCACGUCGUCUUGCCUUGUUGGACAGCUGCAGGCCAAACUUCUCAUCUGAGGCUUCAAAGAGAGAGUAUUUCUAUCACUGUGGGCUGCUACCUGUAUGAUCGUUACCAUGACAACAUCGGGAGCCCAACUCCUCUUGGUGGCCUUGUGUGUUUACCGAAGCCUGGGCCUUCAGCAGUCGGCGCCACGGGUUCGCCUCUCCUUCAAAGAACUGAUGGACACUCGAGCCGCGCGACCCUUCAGUUUCUCCUUCAACACCAGUGACUAUCGCAUUCUCCUGAUGGAUCAGGACCAGGGCCGCUUGUACCUGGGCAGCAGGGAGUACCUGGUGGCUCUGGACAUGCACAACGUCAACAAAGAACCGCUAAUAAUCCAUUGGCCAGCGUCUGCCAAGAGAAAAGGGGAAUGCCAGAUGACAGGAAAGGGAAGACAGGGCGAAUGUGCUAACUUUGUGCGUCUGAUUGAGCCGUGGAACCGAACCCACCUGUACACCUGCGGAACGGGGGCUUACCAGCCCAUCUGCACGUUCAUAAACAGAGGCUGGAGGGCGGAGGACUACUUGUUUCGGCUGGUCCCUGGUUAUGUGGACUCUGGGAAGGGGAAAUGUUCAUACGAUCCCAAAGAAGAAAAUGUUGCAGUGCUUAUUAAUGGGAACCUGUAUGCAGGGGUCCAUAUUGACUUCAUGAGCACAGAUGCAGCUCUUUUUAGGACCAUGGGUGGGAGAACCGCCAUCCGGACGGAGCAGUACGAUUCCAGGUGGCUCAACGAGCCGGUGUUUGUGCAGAUCCAGCAAAUCCCUGACAGCGCAGAGAGCAACGAUGACAAACUCUACUUCUUUUUCCGUGAGAAGAGCUUGGACUCCAGUGGAGGGACGAGCCCUAAUGUCCUGGCUAGAGUUGGGAGAGUGUGUCUGAAUGACGAAGGAGGUCAAAAAUCACUAGUGAACCGCUGGACGACAUUCCUCAAAGCUCGUCUAAUCUGCUCAGUGAUCGGCGACGAUGGAGUGGAGACACGAUUCGAUGAACUACGUGACGUCUUCAUACAGCCCACGCAGGAUGAAAGAAACCCAAUGGUGUUCGCUCUCUUCACCACUGCAGGCUCGGUGUUCAAGGGCUCAGCAGUGUGCGUGUACUCCAUGGCCGAUAUUCGCAACGUCUUCAACGGGCCCUUCGCCCACAAGCACGGCCACAAUUACCAAUGGACCGAGUACAACGGCAAGAUUCCCUACCCGAGACCAGGAACGUGCCCUGGAGGAACCUUCACACCUGGGAUCCGCUCAUCCAAGAGCUUCUCGGACGAGGCGGUCAAUUUCAUCCGGGCUCAUCCCCUCAUGUUUCACCCUGUGUAUCCCAUCCACCGCCGCCCCCUUGUGGUGAGGACCGGCGUGGACUACCGCUUCACGGCCCUGGUAGUGGAUCAGGUGGAUGCGGUGGACGGUCGCUACGAGGUGCUCUUCCUGGGUACAGAUCGUGGCACCAUCCAGAAAGUCAUUGUUUUGCCCAAAGACCCGACCAACAUGGAGGAGCUGACGCUAGAGGAAGUCGAGGUUUUCCGAAGCAGAGCAGCCGUCAAAACAAUGAAGAUCUCGUCCAAACGCCAACAACUAUACGUGUCGUCAGAUGCGGGCUUGACACAGGUGUCACUGCACCGCUGUGGCGUUUACGGCAGGGCCUGCUCCGACUGCUGCCUCGCACGGGAUCCUUACUGCGCCUGGGAUGGGGAGAGCUGCUCGGCCUUUACUCCUUCCACUAAGAGGAGGAGCAGAAGGCAGGACGUGAAGCAUGGCGAUCCUCUGAGGCAGUGCCGAGGUUUUAACGCCAAAGUGGAGAAACGUCUGCGAGAAACGGUGCAAUUUGGGGUGAAAGGAAGCAGCACCUUUUUAGAGUGUCAACCUCGCUCUCCACAGGCCAGCGUCAAGUGGCUUUUUCAGAGGGAUGGCAAAAGGAAAGUGCUAAGCCGAGUCGGAGACGUGGUGAAGACUAACCACGGCAUCCUCCUCAAGUCCCUGAAUGGCUCGGAUGCCGGGCUCUACCACUGCCUGGCUACAGAGAACAACUUCAAACACACGGUGGCACGCGUGGCGCUGCGCAUCCUCGAUCGCGACAUCGUAUUGGCGCUCAGCGCUCGAGACGAUGACGAAGAUGAGCCCGAGACUCACGACGUGCGACCUGACCCUCGGUCGUCAUUCUCUUCCACGCCUUUCCCUCCUGAGAUCAGACUGAUAAACCAAUACUGCCAAUCCUAUUGGGAGCAGGCUGGUCCGAACCAGCGGCAACAGCGCAAGCGCACCAGCCGGCGGCACGUGGAGAGCCAGGAGCAAGGUCUGGGGUAGAGCGCCUUUCCUCCCCUGUCGGCCCGUCUGGACUUUUCCUGUUGUUGUGUGUGCAUGUUUGUGCAUCUCCUCCAUUUGUUGGACAGUCGACGUCGUGGAGCCUUUCAAGUAACAGUUUGGCGGUUCGCCUUCUGCCGAGCGGGUACCUCAUGCGGAUGGCACACCCCGCCAACGAGUGCAUUCCAAUUGCAGUGUAGCUAUUAGACACUCUUGUUUGUUAAGCUUUCAAGGUCAGGUCAGAGUCACAACUGUAGUCGUUUGUUUUUCUUCUCGAGUUGCCAUUCAGACCAACCACUUUACAGGCAGGUUUGUAAUAUUCUGACAUGGAUACAAUUGCUGUCAUUUGGACUGUAAACACCAAUUCAAUUGAUUUAAAACAACAACCUGGAGCGAGCUUAACCAUUUGAAGGAAUGAGAACUACUUCAUGGGACAGAUGGACCUGAAUGACUCUAGACGAUGGGAAUUUUAAGCAAUGGCCAAUUCUAUCACCUGACCUGAAUCCAAUUGAGCAUGCAUUUUACUGGCUGAAUUGACAAAAAUGAAAGUAAAAGGCACAAAGUGAAGACUGCUGCCCGGCAGAACAUCACCAUGGGGGAAAUCUUGCGUGUGGUGUCAUUGAUCUGAUCCACAUGUCAAACUGUAAGUGACUACAAAAUAUCUGUAAACAGUAUUCAAAAGUAAAAAAUGACAGGCACAUACUAUACAGUGGUAUGAAAAAGUAUCUGAACCUUUUGGAAUUUCUCACAUUUCUGCAUAAAAUCACCAUCAAAUGUGAUCUGUUCUUAGUCAAAACCACACAGAUGAAAAAACAGUGUUGGCUUAACUAAAACCACCCAAACAUUUACAGGUUUCAUAUUUGAAUGAGGAUAGUAUGAAAACAAUGACAGAUGGGGGGUAAGUGAACCAUCACAUUUAAUAUUUUUUAAUAUAUAUAUGUAUUUUAAUGUUUUUAAUAAUAUUUUUUGGUCCCCCCUUUGGCAGCAAUAACUUCCACCCUACGCUUCCUGUAGCUGCAGAUCAGUCUGGCACAUCGAUCAGGACUAAUCUUGGCCCAUUCUUCUCUACAAAACUGCUGUAGUUUAGUCAGAUUCCUGGGAUGUCUGGCAUGAAUCAAUGUCUUUAGGUCAUGCCACAGCAUCUCAAUGGGGUUCAAGUCUGGACUAUGACCUGGCCACUCCGGAACGUGCAUUUUGUUCUUCUGAAACCGUUCUGAAGUUGAUUUACUUUUGUGUUUUGGAUCAUUGUCUUGUUGCAGCAUCCAUCCUGUUUUUAGCUUCAACUAUCUGAAAGACGGCCUCAAGUGUUCCUGCAAAACAUCCUGACAAUCUUUUGAAUUCAUUCUUCCAUUAAUGAUUUUUCCAGGCCCUGAGGCAGCAAAACAGCCCCAAAUCAUGAUGCUCCCUCCGUCAUGCUUCACGGUGGGGAUGAGGUGUUGAUGUUGCUGAGCUGUUCCAUUUUUCCUUCACACAUGACGUUGUGUGUUACUCCCAAACAAUUCAACUUUCGUUUCAUCAGUCCACAAAAUAUUUUGCCAAAACUUCUGUGGAGUGUGACAGUGGUUUUGUAUCCUUUCCCAGCUUUAAACAAAUCAGCAAUCCUUGAUCGCAGGUCUUCGGACAGCACUUUUGAUUGAGCCAUGAUGCACAUCAGACAAUUCUUCUCAUCAAGACAGUUCUUACCAGGUGUGUGUUUUAUAGUGUGCAGGGCAGCUUUAAACCACUCAUCAUUGAUUGGGCACACACCUGACUUAAAUUGUUUGGGAAAAAUUAGUUUUGAUUGCUCUUUAAAUAUCCUUAGGCAGAGGGUUCACUUACUUAUUUUCCCCCUUUUUGUCAUUGUUUGCAUGCUAUCCUCAAUAAAAUAUGAAAACCUAUAAAUGUUUGGAUGGUUUUAGUUAAAGCAGACACUGUUUUUACAUCUGUCUGAUUUUGACAAAGAUCAGAUCACAUCUGAUGGUGAUUUAAUGCAGAAAUGUGAGAAAUUCCAAAAGGUUCUGAUACUUUUUCAUACCACUGUAUACAAACUUGCCAUUUGUGCAAUGUUUGCCUGAUUUGGAUGCAAAUGACCUCAAAUGGAAGCACGUUUUGUUCAUAUCCUUUCAAGUCCAAGAUGGUGGCGUUUCAAAGUUGAAAAGAUAAGAAUAUCCAUGUCCCAACAUUAAUGAACAUGACUUCAAUAUUACUCUAAUGAAAGAAUAUUCUAGUUAAAGAAGACAAAGCUUUGCAACUCGUACAAGCACAUGACUACUAUGAUUAAUGCAACUUGCAAAAAAGCGAGGGAUUGAGCCUUCAGGUGACAUUUCCCAACAUAUCUUUUUAUAUCUCAACAAAUCUUAUUUUUAACAGGUAAGACUGCACUUUCAAAACUGCUAAAAAGAUUUGAACGUAGCCUCACUCUACAUCAGUAACGACUAUGGCCUGAUCUGACAUCAAGCGCCAUCAGUGGCACUGAAACAUGAUUUUUUUUUUCCUUUGGGGCAAGUUUAGACAAGGUCCAAUAAAAGGUUCUAAAACAUUUCAAGUUCAUCUUUAAAUUGCACCUUUAUGCCAAUAUCUGUAACUUUAUGUAAGGAGUGCAUCAUUUUUCAAGUUUGCACUUUUUUCAAGUUGCAUUUUUCCCCCCAUUUUAAACUAAUCGACACUAGCGUCGGAAGGAAAACGGCUUUUUUUUUUUUUUUCUAACUUCCUGUCUUGUAACCCACCAAGCGCCACAACAAGGUGUCAAAGCCACAAGUAUAUUGAAAAUAAAUGUAAUAUAUGGAUUGUUAAUAUAAUAUAUAUUGCCGGUGGUUUCCUGUUGUAUGAAGUUUCAUCAAUGUUUGCAUGCUUCUGGAUGUCGUUUGUUGCUCUUGAUGUGUAAUGUAAGGUGUCAAAUAUUCAUUCAUAUACUGUUAAAAUAAGUCAUCUGAUUUUUGCCUCGCUCCUGUCCUAUUGCAUCGUAUGUGAGUGGUGAAGACGUGCUUAACAGUGGUCUUCCAGUGAUGCACUUUCUCAGUAGUGGUGGUGGGAAAUGUUUGCACGGAUGUUUCAGUAAGUUAAACUUUUUUUUUUUUUUUUUUAAUGUACAGUGUAUUGUUAUAAAAGGCAGAAUGAUGUUGACUCAGUGGUUUUUAUAUGGAUUACUUUGGGGAUGCAAACUUUGUUGAUUCACUCUAGGUCUGACAGUUGUUUUUAACCAGUCUGUGCAAAAUCACAAGUGAUUUCAGUUUUUCAUGUUUAUAAACUAUAGGAGUCUUGUUUUAACAAAAUAUGGCAAAUGCUGUACUCAACAUACAGUGGGGCAAAUAAGUAUUUAGUCAACCACUAAUUGUGCAAGUUCUCCCACUUGAAAAUAUUAGACAGACCCGUAAUUGUCAACCUCAACUAUGAGAGACAGAAUUUUGAAAAAAAAAAAAAAAAAAAAUCACGUUGUUUGAUUUUUAAAGAAUUUAUUUGCAAAUAAUGGCGGAAAAUAAGUAUUUGGUCAAUACCAAAAGUACAUCUCAAUACUUUCUUAUGUACCUUUUGUUGGCAAUAAUGGAGGCCAAACGUUUUCUGUAACUCUUUACAAGCUUUUCACACACCAUUGCUGGUAUUUUGGCCCAUUCCUCCAUGCAGAUCUCUAGAGCAGUGAUGUUUUGGGGUUGUCGUUGGGCAACACGGACUUUCAACUCCCUCCACAGAUUUUCUAUGGGGUUGAUAUCUGGAGACUGGCUAGGCCACUUCAGGACCUUGAAAUGCUUCUUACGAAGCCACUCCUUUGUUGCCCUGGCUGUGUGUUUGGGAUCAUUGUCAUGCUGAAAGACCCAGCCACGUAUCAUCUUCUAUGCCCUUGCUGAUAGAGGGAGAUUUUCACUCAAAAUCUCUCGAUACAUAGCCCAAUUCAUUCUUUCCUUUACAGAGAUCAGUCGUCCUGGUCACUUUGCAGAAAAACCCUCCCAAAGCAUGAUGUUUCCACCCCCAUGCUUCACAGUGGGUAUGGUGUUCUUCGGAUGCAAUUCAGUAUUCUUUCUCCUCCAAACACGAGAACCUGUGUUUCUACCAAGAAGUUCUAUUUUGGUUUCAUCUGACCAUAACAUAUUCUCUCAGUCCUCUUCUGGAUCAUCUAAAUGCUCUCUAGCGAACCGCAGACGGGCCUGGACGUGUACUGGCUUCAGCAGGGGGACACGUCUGGCAGUGCAGGAUUUGAGUCCCUGGUGGUGCAUUGUGUUACUGAUAGUAGCCUUUGUUACUGUGGUCCCAGCUCUCUGUAGGUCAUUAACUAGGUCCCCCUGUGUGGCUCUGGGAUUUUUGCUCACUGUUCUUGUUAUCAUUUUGACGCCACGGGGUGAGAUCUUGCAUGGAGCCCCUGAUCGAGGGAGAUUAUCAGUGGUCUUGUAUGUGUCUUCCAUUUUAUAAUAAUUGCUCCCACAGUUGAUUUCUUUACACCAAGCAUUUUACCUAGCCUGGUGCAGGUCUACAAUUUUGUCUCUGGUGUCCUUCGACAGCUCUUUGGUCUUGGCCAUAGUGGAGUUUGGAGUGUGACUGACUGAGUUGUGGACAGGUGUCUUUUAUACCGAUAAUGAGUUAAAACAGGUGCCAUUAAUACAGGUAAUGUGUGGAGCCUCGUUAGACCUCGUUAGAAGAAGUUAGACCUCUUUGACAACCAGAAAUCUUGCUUGUUUGUAGGUGACCAAAUACUUAUUUUCCACCGUGAUUUGCAAAUAAAUUCUUUAAAAAUCAAACAAUGUGAUUUUCUUUUUUUUCCCACAUUCUGUCUCUCAUGGUUAAGGUUUACCCAUGUUGACAAUUACAGGCCUCUCUAAUCUUUUCAAGUAGGAGAACUUGGACAAUUGGUGGUUGACUAAAUGCUUAUUUGCCGCACUGUAUGUGCAUGUUUUAUAGGGGGAAAAAAUAUUUACAUUAGGAGUGGAACCUCUUGGUACCUCACAAUACAAUACGAUUUGCGAUACAAAGGUCACGAUGACGAUGAUCUGACGAUAUGGCAAUACAACGAUUAUCGAUACAUAUGUCAGGAAAUCAUUCCAUGAUAUUCCACAAACGACUAAUAAACACAAAAACAAGCUUCUGCUGUGAAUUGGAAUGAGUUUAUCACUAGUAGACGUCCAAUCCAUUUGAACUGGGAGGGUGGCAGCGAAUGAACAUUCGUUUAUUCCCUGGCAUCCCUCCCACUCAAACGUAUUGAACGUCUAUGGCCGUCAGUGGCAGCCAAUGCCAGGCAAUGAGGUAAUUUUGGGCCAUUUAAGGUCAUU